AUGCCUGACCCUAUAAACAGUGUACAGCAUGGGCUGGAAGAACAAUCAAGUCUGUCGUUUCAAUCAAGCGCCGCAACCUCGAUAUCCCAACAACAAGACAGCUCUUUGGGUACUCCAUCUGACCAACUUACCAAAUCUGAUUUGUUUCGCCGGCCUCAGUUAUAUCCUUCAGGCACAAGUGGUAGCACAAUCUCCCAGGAUAGUACUACGGUACCUUUAUCACCCAAACAAAUCGACUCAACAAAGCAUAUUCAAGAUCCACCACUAGAGACAGCCAAAAGGAAAAGACCUCGCGUUUCAAAAGCCUGUACAUAUUGUCGUAAAAAGAAAGUUAAAUGUGAUGGAAGUUUGCCGUGUCUCAACUGUCAAGAGAAUAACGAAGGAGAUUGUGUUUAUGUUAGCGACCCCGAAAAGAAACCCAAGGCGCCAAAACCGAGCCCGUCAAUUGCAACAAAGCCGAACAAGACCCAAAGUAUCAAACAUUUGAACCUGCGGUUGGACAAGAUUGAGAGUUUACUUGAAGUGUUGGCGGAAGAAGUCCGUGGUGCCAGGAAUCUGGCAGGAGAUAACCAAGCACGAUCCGAGCCAGUCGAUAUCAAAGAAAUAGUUACAACUCACACAGAAGAAAGUGGCAAGAAGGAUGAGCCAAAUGGAGACACCACCAACGAUAUCUUAACUGCACCGCUAGCCGACAACAAUAGGUUUGGUACACACACGAUAAUUGAUGUUUUCUCCAAAUCCUCGUUGGAACUAAUGUUUCAAGGCUUGGGCCGGCAUCGCCUGACCGAAGUGCGUGAUGUGCUAAGCAUUGGAACGAUUCACAGUUUCUUUCUGCAGGCCUUUAUGGAUUCUAUAUGCCAGCCGAUAAAGACCACCAUUCGCAAUAGAACUGACCUUAUGGACAAUACAUUUACUGAGUUGUCGGUUCCGCUUGAGAUUUUGGACCGGUUUGACGAUUUGUAUAUUGCGUCUUUUGUUUGUGAGUCGAGCUAUGUCAAGGGGUUGUUUGAAAGCUACUUCAAAAACAACAAGAAAAUGCACACCAAGGGACCAAAUUCAAAAUUACGAUCUUUUAUGUGGUCAGAAUUGAUGAUAAUGUCUCUCCUGGUUGGCCUCUGUAUAUCUGCCUUGGUCGACGAGCGGAAUAUAGCCAAGAUGAAGAAAAAUAACAAACCACCAUCGAAAAUUUUACAAUCAUUAACGGAUAAACAAUUGGUUGAGCUUGAUACCAAAUGCUUCUUUUCAACUGUAUUUUAUUACAAUCGUCUAGUCCUAUCGUCUGAAGGGGUGGAAACAGUCCUAGCAUUUGCUUUAUUUGUCAUUUAUUUGCAAUCGGUUAUAGCCGCUGUUAAGCAGACCUAUAUCCCAAUUUCCUUGGCUGUAAGGUAUGCGCAAGAGUUGGGGCUUCAUUGCAAGGAAUCCUACCAAGGAUUAAGCUGGCAUGAACGCAAUAUGCGCAAAAGAUUGUGGUGGUUUUGCCAGACUUUUGAAGUGACUUAUUCUUUCCGGUACGGGAAACCAUUACAAGCUGGAGAAUACGGAGUGUGUAGUGUUAUUGACGGCGACAAGUCUACGAUGACCAACGUCCAAUCGAGUAUCGAGUUAAUGCGCACAUUAUGGGAUGAUGCAAAGAGGUUGGAUAACUUGUCAAAUUUAAAUGAAUUGAACGAGAAAAAAGUAUUGCAUAGGUGUGCUGCUUACUUCCUUCACCAGAUUACGAAGAUGCGAUUACAAUCAUUUGACCAGCUAUAUAGCAUUUCAGCACGCCAUAUCAAGCUAGACGAACUUUUAGCUCGAAUCGAGAACAUUAACCGAGAGAUGCACAAAAUCACAGACUUGGCUGAACCUUCAGUCACUAUAUGUUAUUACAAUGACCCCCGCUUCUUUUAUAAGUCAAAGAACAAGCCAUUGGAUAAAGUUUUGGCUGCCGAUUCUGGAGAUGACAACUUUAUCAACAUAUACAUGAAUUAUUUUUCACAUUUGAUGGUUGUCAAUCGAACUGCUAUGCAAGAAGUCCCCGCUACGGAAGAGAAUGAGCCAUUGAUUGAGAAAAUAAAGGCGUUUAGACACAUUUCUCUAGAAAGUGCCAGGACCAUAUUGCACGUUGCGAAAAGUUUCAAUUUGAAGACGAUGUAUUAUUCUUCGUUCAGUUGGCAUUUGUAUGAUCCGUUUGCUGCUUUUUGUCAUUUAGCUAGUGUUCAUUUUACCAACCCUAACUCCGCUGAGGCAGAGCGGGAUUUAGGUCUCAUGAUUGAAAUUUCAUUACAGUUUUUCAGUUACAAGAAUAAGAGCAAAGGGGUUAAGAUUCAACGCAAUUGUAUUCGACAAAAGAUGUACGAUUUCAUUACUCGGUAUUUACUACGUAUUUUCAUGAAUAUAACUAGCGGUGACGUAAAGAAUGCAUUGUUUACCAAGAACAAGGCAUUGCAAAAGCAUUUCGAUUUAAAGGUGCAAUUCCCAGAAUUUUACACCCCUGAGGGACAUCUAGGCAUUAAUCACAGCUUGACUUCGAAGGUGUUUGAAAGGUGGUUCCGAGCUUACAAUUUUUUCGACACUGCUUCAGAAUCUGGUUCUAAAAGCAGCUAUACCCUGGAAGGUUCAAACACAAGCAAGACCAAUAGCAGCAGCAAUAGCACUGUUAAUAGUACCCGCAACAGUACUCGCAGUAGCAAUCGCAAUAGCAAUAGCAAUGUGAGUACUGACGCCAGCAGCGAAGUGGACAAUAAUAAUGCCAUUGACGUUGGUGGCGGUGACAAUGAUAAGUACUCGGCUGAAAGAAGAGUUGAUAGUAUCUUGAAAAAUGCUAUAUCACCACUGACUUCGACAAAAGCUAGAACACAAGAGCAUGAAAAUCAUUUGACUGAUUUUGCAGAUCAGCAGAGAAAACAACAGUAUCCAUUGCAUUUUACAAACACGGCGUCAGUAUAUCGCCCACGUCCAGUAGCUCCUGGUCAGUCAUUUGCAUCUCAGGACAAACAACCAGAAGAGAAUGAUCAGUUUUAUCAGCAGAGCCUGCAUCCGCAUCCGCAUCCACACCCAAAUCCAACACCACAUAAUCAACAACCACAUCACCCUGAUUCUCAUCAGCAGAGUCAAAUGCAUCAACCACUAGAGACAUAUCCUCAGCAGCACCAGCAACAACAACAGCCAACACUCCAGCAUCAGUUUCAACAACAACCAUUACCUCCACUCCCUCCCCAACAGCACCAACAUCAUUAUAUGACCAAUUAUGUACCACGGUACCUGGAUACAUCAUCUACUGUAUCGCACCAUUCGCAUUACCCAUCCAAUUCGCUUCCCCAAGUUUACCCCGUUGAGAUGCAACAGCCAUUUGUGCAACAGCAACAACAACAGCAACAACAGCAACAGAAUUUCGCGCCUACACCGAACCAACAAAACUCGCAGCUUAAACAAGUCAUGCCCAUGUUCUUUGAACUGAUAGGUUCAGGUGCUAGUGGCGGUCUUGGAAGUAAUGCAACACUGGAUGUCAUGGUUCAAUUGGGUAAAGAAUACCCGAACGGGUCAAACGUGACUAAUUUUCAAGAGAUGUUUGACGAAUGCAGCAAUGUAGAGAAGGAUAUCUAA